AUGUCAACUGAAGGUGCUUCAUGCUCAAGUGAAAUUUCAGUGAACUGUUGUCUUUAUCUUCCUUUGGUAAAUGUACUUAACAUUUUAGACUAUGCCAUCGAAUGUAAAGAUGUGGAGAUUGAUUACGAAAAUUUGUCCAAAAAUACUACAGGACCACCGAGUUAUGCAUCUCUAGCUCAGAAAGAUUCAGCAAAGAAACCGAAAAAUCCAGGUGAUUUACAUACGAGUAAAGGAAAGGUGUUGAAUUAUCUCCGGAUUCCGAAAGCUGUUGAUUUCAUGUCUCCAGAUCUAACUGAAUAUGUUACAGAAACCCAAAGGGCAGGCCUAAUUGCACAACUUAAAGCUAAUAAAGACUGA